GCCCUAGCUCGCGCCUUCUUGCAGAAGUCCGUGCUCUCUCUUGGCAGCUGAUCGCUCGUUUCAAAUCGGUGGAAGCGCUGCCUAAGUUUCUAGCUCGGGAUCGCGGGAUGCUGCCGUGAGCUCGCGAUGGCGCUUCCGAAGUUCAAGCGCCCGGAUCUAGGCGUCACAGUUUCUCCUGUGCCAAACGGUGAUUUGGACUGGGAAUUGUCCCCGUUUCCCAGGGAGCCUCUAAACUCGCCGUCGUGCUACUUGGCGGAGGAGCAUCCCUUGACAUGGGCUUCUUCCAAGUGGAAUGGAGUUGUGGAUUCCAGCAAGCAUAUUUUUUGCAACAGGUCCUUAAAUAUGAAGAGCAUUGUGGCUGUUGGCUUCGAUAUGGAUUACACUCUCGCACAGUACAAGCCAGAUACGUUUGAGGUUCUUGCUUACCAGGGAACGGUCAAAAAGCUGGUCUACAAUCUCGGCUAUCCCACUGAUCUGUUGCAAUGGACAUUCGACUGGAAAUAUAUGAUCAGAGGUCUAGUUCUGGAUAAAAGGCGAGGCAACGUUCUGAAAAUGGAUCGUCACAAGUACGUCAAGGUUGCCUACCAUGGGUUUCGAGAAUUACCCCGUGAAGAGAGAAUGGCUACUUAUGGGAACACACUGUCCCGUGAAGCCUACGACGAACCUGACUAUGCGCUUAUCGACACCCUCUUCUCCUUGGCGGAAGCAUAUCUUUUUGCGCAGCUCGUUGAGUACAGAGAUAGUUCUCCUAGCAAGCUUCCGGCAAAAGACAUUCAUUCUGAGGAUGGCAUGCUUGUACCAAGUUAUGCCCAGAUUUACAAAGAUGUACGGUCUGCUGUGGACUUGUGCCACCGUGAUGGCACACUUAAGCAAGCUGUUUCUCUUGACCCUGGAAAAUAUAUCCACGAAGAUCCGCUGCUGGUCCCAAUGUUUAAAAUGCUGCGAGACUCUGGCCGCAUGACUUUUCUCGUAACAAACAGCCUCUGGGACUACACACACGUGGUUAUGAACUAUUUAUGUGGAAAGACUGGUAACGAAGGUGUACCUCGAGACGACGAAUGGCUUUCCUAUUUUGACCUUGUCAUUACUGGCAGCGCAAAGCCUGCUUUUUUUGCUGAUAGCAAUCGAGCCCCUCUUUUCGAGGUUGACAUCGAAACUGGGAUGCUCCAGAACACAGACAACGGAACGCCUCUCAUGCAGGUUGGCGGUUUGGGAGUUGGCCUGGAAACUCAAAAGAAGAAGAACAGUCAGCACUGCAGAGCUUUUCAAGGAGGAGGAGUUGCACACCUACAUAAACUGCUAGCCAUCGAGGCAGGGGCCCAGGUGCUGUAUGUAGGUGACCACAUCUACGGAGACAUCUUGCGGAGCAAGAAACAACUUGGGUGGAGAACGAUGCUUGUCAUUCCGGAGCUUGAGAGUGAGCUGGAGCUACUGAAACAGAACCUCAAGCUUCAAAAAGAGUUUCGCAAAUUCCGUCGAAAGCGCGAGGAAUUAGAAGACCUGCUCCAGCGUGCAAAGUGGAAGCUCAGGCUAGAACACCAGAAUGAAGAAGAGCUCUUAACGAGAGCCAAGUCUUUACAGCAGGACAGGGACUCCAUCCGAGAUCUUCAGCGCCAAACACACAAAGAUCUCCACCAAAAGUUCCAUAGCGUCUGGGGACAGCUCAUGAAAACUGGCUAUCAAAACUCCCGAUUUGCUCACCAGGUGGAACGAUUCGCGUGCUUGUACACAAGCCAAGUUACUAAUCUCUGCUACUACUCUCCCGACAAAAGCUUUAGAACCACGGAAGACUUCAUGCCGCAUGAGCUGGAGUUCGCGGAGUUUUAAACCUGUAUUAAUUACUAUAUUAAUUACAUCUUAAUCGAAAAAGGUGAAAGUUUAAAUCA